AGAGAGCAGGACAAUUAAAGGCUCAGAAGUCCUGUCCUCUAUUGAGUCUGGCAACCCUAAACACAAGUGUAAUUUUGCUGGUCGUAGCCUAUUCUACUUCCUCCCAAUGUCUCUUGGUAGGCUUUCUCCCAUCCUCAUUCUUCCCCACCCGCCUCAAACAUCCAUCCAUUCCCUUAUCUGGACAGCUGUAUAUGAGAAACUUCAUAUAAUUUCAGCUGUUGCACUUCAGUAGAAUUUAUUGGGAAUGGAAUGCUGACUGUCUGUUGGGGUGUGCAGAAGAAAACUGGGAGGGAAGAGAAAUGCAGUGAGGAGAGCUGAACAGGAUCACUCUACACUGCAUCUCUUUGUUGCACACCUCACAUGGAUUUCUUCAAAUUAUAAGAAAGCUGCAAGGGAGAUGGGCAAAGGGAGGGAUAAGUUCCCCCAAGGACCCCCCCCCACCCUUUGUAAUCAGGACUGAAUGAGCAAGCCGUCUCUUUUGGCAUGGGGCAGCUGUUGAGGGCAGGUUCCAACUCUCUCUUUGGAAUUCCGAACAUUGGUAGAAAGAAAUUCUAGUCUUGAUGUCAAUGGCAGUUCUAUUCUGAGAAAUUUAAAGGCAAAACGAUAAUGCCUUCAUGGAUGUUCCAAGGCUCUCCUACCCCAAGACUUGGAAAAUGAUUGAUUGUACUGUGCUAUUCACCAUGUCGCCUAUAAUGCGUAGUUUCUGAGAAUACAGGCUCCUUUUAAAGGUAUCAGAAUCCACCGCUUACUGGAAUAAGCAAACAAACAUAAACUAGAAUGCUUGAAUUUCACUCCAGUGUGAAAUCAAUGUAACAAACAGAUGAUUCUAACUGCUUGGGUUAGGCAGACAAAAACGGCCUGGAUAGAGAAUAUGUGAACAGGCAUGUGAACUGGCUCUCUGGGAAAGAGAAGAGUGCAACUAUAAUACAUAAUUUAAGCUAUGGUCUUUUGUAAGUCAUACUUACUACGAUCUAAGGUUAACUGAAAAGCAACUAUUAACCCCUAUUUACUUUUAAAUUCCCCCUGAAACAACUGAAAUUGGCUCUUGUUGCUUCUGCUGUUUCAGCUACAUGAUUGUUCUGUCCACCUAUAUAUUGGUGCCACCUGCAACUAAAAUGACUGCAAAAAAACUGACAGGUUGCUUUUUGUACCCUACUCAGUGCUAGGCUUUCCCCCCCCAACAUUUGACAUUCCACAAGGAAAGCAAAUGCACGCAAUGGCUUAAUCUAUUUUGUAUCUGUCCCUUGUGCCUAGAGGGUAGCAUGAAAAGUGACUGGUGCUGUGAGGCAAUCAAUCAUUCUGUUGUGUUGCUGCUAGUGAAACACGUGCAAUUUGCUUUUAUAGGCUGAAUGUGAAUAAAUCAAAACCAAUGUACUGGGAGCAGGAGACAUGGCCUGUACUUUAUAAGAUCUUUACUUUCCCAUAAUUUUUGUUGUUAAUUGCCAUCUCUAUCCUGUUAACUGAUUCUUCACAACUAAGAAAUCCGGGUGGUUUGUUUGUUUGUUUAUUCUAACAGUUUCAUUUUUCACACUGAUUACUUUAUCACAUUGUCCAAAAUUUGACCUGUGUCUGAAAUACACAGGUCCAUGUAUAAAAGGAAAGGGGGGGGGAGUUUAAGGUUUUUCCUUCCCGAUCAGCAAUUCAUUCAGCUUCAGAGGGAGAAGGACAUUGAAGAGUUAACUGCAGAAAAUGAACACUGCAGAGUUUUGGCUGUAGUUAGCCUGGGAAGUGACGUCUUAUAGCAUUUGCUGUUCUAGAAAGAGCACAGACACGUAGUAUAAUUGGGAGGGCUCUGGGUGGCAGUGUCUCUACCACUGUGUAUAUUUAUCUGUAUGAAACGACCAAGGAAGGGAGAAUGUAAUGUAACAAGCAGUCUGCCCGCUGCUUACUAAUACUGCCGCUCUUGUGACUUCUGUUAACGCUUUUCCAGCAACAUCGCAAGCUGAGAAACUGGACGCUGUUAUAUAGAAAGAAAUAAACUUUGUGAACGUUCAGUAUGGGAAAGGAUUAUUAUUCCGUUCUUGGGAUCGAAAAGGGAGCAUCUGAUGAAGACAUAAAGAAAGCUUACAGAAAACAAGCCCUUAAAUGGCAUCCAGAUAAGAACAAAUCUCCCCACGCAGAAGAAAAAUUCAAAGAGAUUGCAGAAGCUUAUGAGGUGCUGAGUGAUCCCCAAAAAAGAGAAAUUUAUGAUCAGUUUGGAGAAGAAGGACUGAAAGGAGGAGCUGGAGGGCCAGAUGGGCAAGGUGGUACUUUCCGGUACUCCUUUCAUGGAGACCCACAUGCCACAUUUGCAGCAUUUUUUGGUGGUGCGAAUCCUUUUGAGAUCUUCUUUGGAAGAAGGAUGCCCGGUGGCAGAGACACUGAAGACAUGGAAGUGGAUGGAGAUCCGUUUGGUUCCUUUACUUCUUUCAAUAUGAAUGGAUUUCCAAGGGAACGAAACACUGUUGGUAGCCAACCCCGUCGUAAGCAAGAUCCCCCUAUUGUUCAUGAACUCAAGGUAUCACUGGAAGAGAUUUACCAUGGAUGCACAAAAAGAAUGAGAAUUUCCCGAAAACGGCUCAACCCAGAUGGUAGAAGUGUCAGAACAGAGGAUAAAAUCCUCACUAUUGAUAUCAAGAGAGGAUGGAAAGAGGGCACCAAAAUUACAUUCCCCAAAGAAGGCGAUGAAACACCUAGCACCAUACCAGCUGAUAUUGUGUUUGUUAUUAAAGAUAAACUACAUCCUCACUUCAAGAGGGAUGGUUCAAAUAUUGUCUAUCCUGUCAAGAUCAGCUUGCGAGAGGCCUUGUGUGGCACCUCAAUCAAUGUACCAACAAUAGAAGGUCGAACCAUACCUAUGACAGUAAAUGAAGUUGUAAAACCUGGAAUGAGAAGAAGAAUUAUAGGAUACGGCUUGCCAUUUCCCAAAAAUCCUGACCAACGAGGAUCAGAAAUUGGAACUCAUAGUAUGGAUCUAUGUAACGUUUGCAGUAUUUAUGUUGUGUAUAUGCCAAUUCGCUAUGUUUACAUUGCACACAGCAGAAGGCAGGAAAUCUCACUUGAAAUGUUCAUGAGCCCGAAGGGUAAGUUUCUUUUUCUGCAUUGUUGUAUGUUUUUGGAUUCCUUUCCUCAGUAUUCUACAGAUGCUCGCCUAACAGAAAAUUAUAUGUGCCAUUUCACAGUCAUACAUAUACGUACCAUGCCAUGAACAUGCUCCAAACCAGAACACACAAUGGGUGACUCAGUAGUUGCCACAUAUUCAGGGUGUCUAACCCCUACCCUACAUUUAUGCAGCCUCCAGUCCUAUCCAGCCCAGGCCAUGAGACUCCCAGAUUUCACAUGGCGUUCCUAAGUUUCCAAGGGAGCAAGGGUCAAGACCCUUUGCUGUCUGACCCUAUUCUAAAAACACAGUACCUGGUAGGGAACUAAGCAGUCAAGUAUUGGAUUUAGUACCAAGGCAUUACCUAAAUAAAGCUCGCACGCACACACACAAUUCCAAAAGGAGGUACAUUUAUUUGAUAAAAGGAAACAUUAGUGAGAACAAAUAUAUUAGGGCAAUUAUGUCAGAUCAAACAAACUGUGCUCAACCAGCCAGUUCUGUACAUAUCAAUAAAAUCAUUGGCUUCGCAGGGACAAAAGCAUACAACACGGAGCAAGAUAAUCCAAAUAUGAUCCGAAGGUGGGCUGUUCCCUGCCAAAAGUAAGGGCCUGCUUUCUUCAAAAAGGCAUAAACGACCUAGGUAAAUCUUGUUAACCAGUAAAAAGGCCACAAGACCCCCCCCCAACUUUCUGGCACUUUAGCCUACAUGCUUUCCCACGAAACCCAGCUCAAGCAACCAUUCCAGUCAACAAGCUCACAGCUGGUUUACCAGAUUUCCAUAUGGAAAAAAUGUGACAGUUGCUUUAAUGUCCAUUAAAACAUAUGUGCAAAUUGUGGAACCUGCCUGCUGAGAGAGUGAGUCUAUAUAGAAGGGUUAUCUGAACAAAUGUCAAGGGAAUGGGCCUACUUCAAGCACACUAACUUCACAGUCUUUCAUAGUUUAAGCCUCUUGAAACUUCUGUGGUCAGUAAAUUAGUAGUACUCGGUCCCACUUAAGAAAUUGUAAGCUUGUUCUGAAUUAUCUAAAGGAAGGGAAGAAAAUGCCCUCAAUUACAGUUUUCUAAAAGAAAAGAAAAAGAAUCUAUAGGGCUGGUACCCUUGGAUGGCAAAAAUGAACAAGUAAACAUCCUUUUAGCAUUUGUUUCUAAACUUGCUGCAAUAUGUUAACAUCUGAAAGUCAUAUUCUU